AGCCGAAAUCGGACCGAUUACUCGUCUUUGAAAAAAUUUUGACGCUCGUCACAAAAAUUUAUGUUAAACCAAAAUAUUGCGGGAAAUAUAAAGAAAAACAACUUUCAAAGUUAGAUUUAUGUACAAAAAAAAAUUGGCCAUGGAUCAAGCCAAUGGCGACGCUCCUGAGCCCACAGAUCAUAAAGAAGCUCACGGAUCAAAUGACGACUCACAUCAAGAAUCAAGCAAGGAAAAUGGAGAUAAAAGUCAAAAGAAAAAGACAACAAAAAAGAGAAAAAAUGGGAUUUUGAAAGUGACUCGAAAGAAAAUAAAAAAAUCUGAUAAGACUGCACCGGGACCAGAUGAAGAUGGAGAAUAUGAAGUCGAAGCCAUUGUUGAUCAUAAGACAGAAAAAGGUAAAACUGUUUACCGGGUUCGUUGGAAAGGAUAUUCAUCUGCACAGGACACGUGGGAAACUGCAGCUAAUCUAACAUGCAAAGAUCUUUUGAAAAAAUACAAGAAACAAAUUAAGAAGGAAAAGGCAGACGUUUAUGCGUUCCUUGGUAAAAACAGAGUUCCUCGAUCUGUACUAGCGCGACUUGAAAAAUUAAACAAUGAAGAGUCUUCAGCACCCAAGACAAAGCGAAAGCCUCCAUCUGAACGUGGAACUCAUAAUUCAGGAGGACUUCGAGGAAGAACUAAAGGCGAAUUAAAGGUUCUAAAUCUUUCUAUUUAAGUCUUUGCAAUCAUGGUUUUGUUUUCUUCUUUCGUUCAUUAUACAAGCGAAUCACAAAACCACACGAAAUUUUCGACUUGAUCUUUAAGCGCGCUGCGAACUUCAUUUAAUUAUUUUUCAUUUUUUCCUCAUUGAAAUCAUCAGCGAUACGAUGAACAAUAAGCAUUUUUGGAGCAUUGACUUGAAUAGAAAAUAAUUAAAAGAUUUUUAAAACAUCAAAAAGCAAGAAUUGCAACAAUAAUGUUUUGAUGUUUGGGAAUGAUUGUUAAGUAGCAAAAAUGGAUGAAUGUUGCAAGUUAUCUGGAAUAUAAUUGUAUGAUCUGAAAGUAACUUAAUAAACAUUGCAAUUAUUCGACAUCACAUUUAUUGUAUUUCUGAUGGAUUUUAGAAUCGCUACGUAAAAAUGGAAUCCUUACGUUACA